AUGAAAGUUGAGGUCCAGGUUGAGGAGAUGCACAAAGGUGUUGUGCGCGACCUUCAUGAUGGCGUUCUGGGCGACCCUUGCGAAAAUGGCGUUUCUGAGCUCGCCAAAGAGCACGGCUCCGAAACGGGUCACACCAUACGCCAGGAUAAUGGCUAUGAUCGAGGUGGUCAGAAGCCCAGCUUGCGACACCCAGUCGACGUUCAUCGAGUCAAUGAUCGACUUGAAAAAGAAGGGCACCUGGACGUUGAGCACCUUGGCCGCGAUCAGCAUGCCCAAUGCCACCACGACCCGGAACUUGGCCCACGGGUUGUUUCUGGGCCAGAUGUACGACAGCAGGUCUUUGAGGAUGCGGAUCUGCGAAAGGCGCUCCUCCUUGAGCACGGCCGGCGACGGCUUCUUCUGCUGGGCGGCCGUCCGCGACGAAUGGAACCAUUUGGCAGAAUGCCAUUGCAGAGGUGUGGCUCGCACAUCUCGGAGGAGAGACUGCGGACGGCCCGGGGCGGCGGCAAAGGCCAGCGGCCGUCUCCAAAACAGGGCGAGCCUGGCAGGUCUCCACAGUUGCGGUCUGAACGCGUGCCGGACACAGAGCCCGGUGUUUAG